UGUGUCUAUAAAAUGUGACGUGCUUCUAAGAAAUGAUUAGUUGACUGCCAGCACUUACAGUCAUGCUGUUAAAUUUCGUGAAAUUUUUCUUAUUAACGACAUUUGCUUCGCAACUUGAUGGAGCUUGCGAUACAUCGAAUCAAUUACUCCAAGAAUUAACAUUUCAAUUAAGUGGGUCGAGUUUGCAAUGGCCUUGCCAAUCAACCAAGAAUAUUUACAUUCAUUCUGGACGAUUCACACCGAAAAACGUUAUCAUGACUCGUGCUCAAAUCUACAGAGAUGAAGCUUACGUGACUCUUCCUCGUUUGAAAGCUGGAGUGCCAUUUACCUUAGGAAAAAUUUCCAUGAAACGUGGCCAGUGUUCGCCAGCUAUUCUUCCAUUUCCUUGCUGGAGUUUGCAAGAAGAAGGAAACUGUCAAGCACUUCAAUCAGCUAUCGAUAUUUUUCUUGAUCCAAAUGACAUUAUGUGGGUUCUUGAUGUUGGUUUAGUUAACACUCUUGAAAGCCCAGUUCGACGAUGUCCACCAAAAGUUAUUGGAAUUAAUAUCAAAACAGGAAGAGUUGUCAAAAGCAUUGAUUUGGAUAAUGUUGUUGUGCGAAGUUCACGACUUCAAUAUCUUGUUGCUGAAUAUGAUGAGAAUGGCAAUUGUUUCAUUUACGUUGCUGAUGCUGGAAGUCGUGCAAUUCUUGUAUUGGAUGUACAAAAAAAUAAAAACUUCCGAGUUGUUCUCCCAGGUGCAUGCGGUUCAAUUAAUAGUUCACCAGAUGUUUUGUACAUUGUUUUAUUACGAAAAACUUGUGGAACGUAUCUUUACUUCACUUAUCUGAAAUCUACGCGACUUUUUUCAAUUAAAACCGAACAUUUGAGAAAAGGUGCUGGUUCAGGUGCUGUUGUCGAUGUUGGUCCAAAACCGCAAGGUCUUCAAAUGGUUUUACUCGGAACAGACAAUAAAUCGGGACUUUUCCUUCGCUAUAAAGGACAAUCUGAUAUCUAUAUGUGGGAUGCUGAAUCUUGUUUCAAAGCUGGAAAUUUCAUUGAAGUUCAAAGUGGUGGUGAUUGUCGUUUGUCUACUCAAGUCAUGCCUGGUUUCAGACGUCAUAUGUGGACAAUCGAAAGUAAUUUCCAAGAUUACAUAGCAGAUAAUCUCGGAUGUAUGGGAGCCAACGUAGUUAUUCAUCCUGUUAUCAAAAAUAAAGAAUAGAUAAAUGUUGAUUAUUUUUUCUUCUAUUUCAAUUUCAAAUGUUAUAAUAAAAAAUAAUUUUUGUGAUCUUUAAAACUUGAUUCAGUUAAAACUUGAAAGCAUUGCGGAAGAAAUUGUCCCACAACAAAUCUUCAAUAUUCGUC